UUUCCGUGGUCACUGUUACCUCAGAAAAACCAACGCUUCCGAUUUCCGAUUUCAAACUAUCUACGGCGACCUAUUCGGAUUCGGGUAUGAGGACCCGUCCAUCCAUCACAUGGGUCAUCGUCGUGGCCAUGUUCUAUUUUCUCGCAAGCUUAUCGCAAUUGCAAGCCAAAACCAUCGACCCUUACAAGGUUCUUGGGAUAGAUAAAAAUGCAAGUCAGCGGGAAAUUCAGAAGGCUUUCCACAAGCUCUCUCUGCAGUAUCACCCUGACAAGAAUAAAGCUAAGGGUGCUCAAGAGAAGUUUGCUCAGAUCAAUGAUGCAUAUGAAAUUUUAUCGGAUGAAGAAAAGAGGAAGAAUUACGACAUGUUUGGAGAUGAGAAAGGAAAUCCUGGAUUUCACGCUGGCCAUCCUGGAGGUCAGAGUGGAUAUACUUAUGUUAGGACUGGUGGUCCUGCACAAAGCCAUUUUACCUUCAAACCAGGGGAAUGGCAGAAUAUGGGUGGGCAGGGAGGGUCUAAGCGAUUUUCCUUUUCCUUUGGUAGUUCUGGAAAUUCAGAUCCUUUUGGAUUUGAUUUUAGUGAUGUUUUUGACAAUGUUUUUGCUGAUGGAGGUGGUGGCAGAUUUGGUAAUGGUUUUGGCAGUUCAAAAAGUUCUCAAUCUGGAUCCAAGAGUUCUCCCAAAAGUUUUAGAGCCAUAAAUUCACACAUCUACAAGCAAGAAAUAGAAAAUGAAGGGAUGACUUGGCUUUUGUUAUCUUAUACACCCUCAUUGAAAGGGACCCAGUACUUUGAAUACACUGUAGAGGAGGUUGUCAGUUCAUUGCAAGGAGCUUUGAAGGUUGGAAGCAUUAACUGUGAAAAAGAAGUUUCAUUCUGUAAGGAGCUUGGUGUAUAUCCGCACAAAGGUCCAAGGCUUUUUAUUUUCUCUUACAAGGAGAAUGAAAAGGGUUCUUUGGUGGAGUACAGUGGUGACUUGACUGUUAAGAAUUUGAAGGCUUUCUGUGUAGAACACUGCCCAAGGUUCUCUAAACGGAUCGACUUGAACCAUCUUGAUCAAUUGAGCACUUCUGGAAAGUUGCCUAGGGUGUUGCUUCUCACCACCAAAAAGGACACUCCUGUAAUUUGGCGUGUUCUUAGUGGCGUGUAUCACAAACGCAUUGCUUUCAGUGAUGCAGAGGUUCAUGAUUUUUCUGAUCCAAUAUUGAAAAGGCUAGGAGUUGAUGCACUUCCAGCUAUUGUAGGUUGGCUACCCAAUGGAGAGAAGCGUAUUCUGAAAACUGGGAUUUCAGUAAAAGAUUUAGAAUCUCCAAUUCUUGAUCUUACUAACAUACUUGACAAUUUUGAAAAAGUAAGCAAAAAGGAAGGAUCAGGUCAGGCCAAGAAGGCACAAACUGAUUCAGAUGAGCGACACAUACAGUUGCUUUCUAAGUCAAACACUGAUGUUCUUUGUGGUGAGAAAACUCCAGUCUGCAUAAUUGGUGCCUUUAGAUCUUCUAAAGCUAGAGAAAAACUAGAAUCAAUCCUCUCUUUGGUCUCUCAAAAAUCUUUGUCAAGGAGACCAAAUCAUGGAGCCAGCAGCUCUAAGGACUCCAUUUCCUAUGCUCUAUUGGAUGCUUCAAAGCAACAGUCAUUUCUAACUGCAUUUGACAAAAAAGGUUUUAAAUCAUCAGAUAAGUUGUUGAUUGCAUACAAACCUAAGAGAGGGAAGUACAGUGUAUUUAUGAGUGAAAUGACAAUAGAAGAGGUAGAGAAUUUUAUCAGCUCCGUUCUCAGUGGAGAUAUACCCUUCAGGGAAACACGUGGGAAGCCUCUACUCAAGUAGAACAUUGGGUCCUAAAACUGGGUUUUGCAGUGUUUUGGCUAUAAGUUCAUGUACAUAUUCAAAGAUAGAGAGACUUUUGUUUUUUUAAUACUAACAAGAAUACAUAUUAUCCGAGUAAGACAAAAGCAAAGUGGAAAUGGAUCCAUCAAGGAUGAUUCCUCUAGCUUUCACUGUCAUUGGCAAUCGGCGUUGAGGAAAAAAAUAAUAGUAGAUAUAUUUGUAAAAUUGAUCUAUUGACUAUGUUGGUUGAGUAAAAACACAAUCUAAUGUCGCCUCAGUCAUACAUAAAUUCUUUUUCCUAUAGAUUUAUAUUUCCUCGUUACAAUGUCUCAUCAACUAAAUAAAAUUAAAUUUAUAUAUUUUUAUUUUAAAAAUUAAAUUAAAUUCAAAUUUAAUUAU